UGUUUUUCACCGAAAAAGGGAACUUCGUUGGAGUUUCGUUCCGUAUGGAUGGCGCUCUAUUAGAUUGAACAAAUGUACCAUAUUCUUUUAAAAAUACCAAUUGAUUUGAUAAAAUAUUACAUUAAUAAAUAUGUUUAUAAAUUAAAAGCCUCAGCCACCUCCAAGACAUAUUACAAUUCCAAUACUCCAAACUAUAAUAGAGGUCUGCUUUCACUUCUUUUGAGCAAAUCCUAGCUAAAGAAAGAAAGAAAAAAUGGCGGCUUUCACUAAAGUCUUCUCUUAUUUUAAUCAACGUAUCAACGUUUUAUUCUUCUCAUGGCUUCCUCAAGCAUUAACAUUCCUAAUGCUUGUGUUUUUAGUUUCAAUUAGUUCAUACAUACGGAGACAAGAAAAAUACAAGUGCAGGGAAAUAAUAAACAAGAAGAGCACUAAAUUUGUGUACAAAAAGAGGAAAUUACUUGGCUUUGCUGCUACUAAACCACUUGAUUGUCCGAUUUGUUUAUCGGAUUUCGAGCACGGAGAUAAAGGGAGGAAAAUUGAGAAGUGCAAUCAUAUGUUUCAUGAAAAUUGCUUGGAUAAAUGGCUGAUGCAUGGCAAGGGACAAGCCACGUGUCCGCUUUGCCGGAGCGUAAUUAUACCGGAAAAUAUGGUGGAAGAUCACCGGAAAGUUGGAGAUGAAGGAUUGAAGUUUAAUAUAUUUGAGGAGGAACUUGCUCUUCUAUUGCUUUCUGGCUUGACUAGUGGGUGUUCUAGUCAAAGGUGUUUCUAAUCAAGGGCGGAUCUACCUUGUGCCGAGGAGUGUCACGUGACACUACUUCGUCGGAAUUUUUUACUAAAUAUGUACAUAUAAUUAAAGGCAGAAGAACAAAUGAG